CGAAAAAUGAAUUACUUGUUCACACCUCCCAGUUCCCAGUCUGUGGCGGAGAGUUAGUUGAUCUCGAACAAAGGAGUGGCUUUAAUGGUAUAAAUAGGUUUGAGCAGCGAAAAGGAUUUCAGAGGAAAAAGGGUCGCUUGAAAUGGGGAAGAAAUCCUCCGCUUCACUCAAGAAGAAACGUUCCAAGCACUCCUCCAAGUCUAAGACCAAGCCAAGAAGUAAAAGUAAGAGUCGGAAAUAUAAAUCCAAGAAGGUUCGCCGCCGUGAUGUUUCUUCUUCUAGCUCUGACUAUGAUGAUUCAAAAAGUUUGCACACAUCAGUGUCCUCUAGCUCUGAAGAUAAUUACAGAAGAAAAAGGGAUCGGUCUCGCUCAAGAAAAGAUGUGAAAAGUCGGAAGAGGGCUAGGAGACGUUCAUACAGCAGUGACAGCAGUGAGGACUCUCACUAUGCUAGGAAGAGGAAAAAGUUGAAGAGAAAAAGUGAGCCUGAGGUGAAGGAGAAGCUUUACAAGAAAAAGAUUAGGAAAGAGGUAAGUGUUAGUUCAAGAAGCAGUGGGUCACGGAGCACCUGCUCUUCAUUUCAGGGUGGGACUUCUGCCGGUGAUGAUGAUCAAUAUGAGAGUCACAGGGGAAGAUCACUUAGAAAAGAGAAUGAGAAACGGAGAUUGGAGAAAGAGAGAAUUGGGAGUGAAAAGAGUAGUAGAUAUAGGCCCAGAAGUAGUUCAUCAUGCAGUCGAUCUAGUGAAAGUAGUUAUGAAAGGACCAAAGAGAACUUUUUUGAAGAGAAUUAUGUAGGUGAGAGCAAUUCGAGGAGGCUCCGAUCAGUUAUUACUGUUGUAAAAGAGGCAGAAGAACCUAGGGAAUUUUCUAGAAAUGAUAAUAAGGAGGAGAUUUUAGAUGAUUAUGAUUACCCUUGUAGAAGUAACGGCAGUAAUGAAGGGGGCGCAAAAAGAGAGGUGGAUCAUCACACAGUUCCCACAACGGAUGAGAAAUUGAGUGUUGAGGGUGAGAUAGGAGACAAGAAUGUUGAUAGUGCCGGGACAAGUGAAUAUCUGAAGAAGACGAGUGAGGCUUUUGAGGGUAAUCUGAAUGGUGAUGACUUGGAGUCAAUUCUAAGACAGAAGGCGUUGGAAAACUUAAAGAAGUUCCGAGGUGGGAUCCAGUCUUCUGCAAAAAUUUCCUAUCAGAAAAAUAAAAUUAUUAGCCAGGUAAAGCAAUCUUGUAACCAUGGUGGAAUUCAAGGUAAGUCUAAUGUUAAUAACGAGGCUUUAGGGACAAAUUUCGAUAAUAAAAUCUUUGUAGAAGAAACUAGUUCUCCUAUUGAGAGGAGAGGUUUAAACGCUCAUCGAAGAAACAGUGAUUUGUUAAACAUGGACAAAGAUAUAUCUGGUUCUGCCAAGAAUCACUUGACCUGUGCGCAAGAAAAGGUUAGUGAUGCAUAUAAACCCACUGAAACAAUCAUAGAAUCUAUUGAUUACAGGACAAAAAACCCAGAGUCGACCACACCAGAGUCUACCCAUGAAUCACUUCAAAGAUGCUUAUCUCUGAAGCAAAAACCUGUGUCUAGACUUUCUAUGGAAAAGUCAUUGGUCGCAGAGGGAAGUAAUGGUGGGGAUACUUCCGAGGCUUCUCACAUUGCAAGUCAUAGUAACAUUGAUAAUGUUGAUAACAAUGAAGGAUUAUCUUCUGCUGUUUCUAAGCCUUCUAAUAAUGGACAAGAUGAAAUCGAGGAGCACUCGCAGUUAGCAUUCAAGCAAACAUCUGCCUCACUUGCACCUCCUAAUGUGAAGCUUCCAGUGGCUGAAGGUGGUGCAGAAAAUGCAGCCAGGACCACUCAAGCUGCAAUUCAGAAUGUUAAUAACAGUAGCAAAGAUGUCGAUGAGGUGAGCAACUCCACUAAGAAUAAAUCUGGCGAUGAAAACUCAUCAGUAGUGAAUAACUCCGGAAAAUUGCAAGAUGAAUCCAACCAUGAUUCGCAGUUUGAGCGGAAAACAAUGAGUUUGAUGAAAGGUGGCGAAAUGGUACAGGUUAGCUACCAAGUUUAUAUCCCCAAGAAAACUCCUGCAUUGGCUAGAAGGCAACUCAAGCGAUGAUGACACAUCCAUUCUUGUGGUGACAAGUGGCUUCGAGUCGAUUUGUUCAUCUACUUCGGUAUAUAAAAAGAGUAACACUUGCGGAAAAGCCAAGAAACUCAUGGAUAGACCAUGUAUGAACUCUAGAACUUGGUCAAACUGUAUUAGCUGUAUUUCGUUCUAGUUGAUGUCUUAGGUGACCAUAAUGUAGUUUGCUACUGUUUUAUUAAUGGAAUGCAUCCAUUGCACCA